CAAAACAAAGAAAUAAAAUAGGAAAGAGGUGAAAUUUUAUUUUCGUUUUCUGUUUUACCCUCAAAACCGAAGGCAAUACAGAAACAAAAAAACACUCAAGCAGAAAUACAGGCAAAAGCAGCGUUUCCCGCUUGAAGCCAACCUGUGCGAAGGUGUGCAUCGCUAACUGCUUGCAUUCCGAUUCGUAUUCCAAAAGCCCGUGGCACACAACGCAACACAAACAAUUGUGGCCGUCCUGUACCGAAUAGUAGUGUCCAUUCUUCAUCACCAUCGUCGGCAUCGUCAAAGCUCAGCGCGCGGACCAUCAGUUGUUGGGCGCACUUGAUAAAGGUGUUCAAUUCAUACGGCUUUUGCUGUAACACCAACGUGUUCUAGCGGUAUCAUCCCGAAUCGCUAAACCCGACAAAGCAAUGGAUCGAAAUCCGGGACGGCAAGGACCCAUGUCCAUGUCUCCGGGUGUGAUGCGAAGACCGGGCGGAAUGUCCAGCAGGGACAUGCAUCAACAGAAUCACUCAUCCUACCAAACACAGCAGAAUCUGGUAUCGGCAACAGCCGGAGGAAUGAUGAACAAUGGCGGUGCCAAUGGACCGCCAUCGGCACCACCAUCCUCGGUGGCAUCCUCCUCGAUGAUGCACCAGAUGCACCCGAUGCAGCAGAACCAUCCACAGCAGCAGCAUCAACAGACAGCACAGAUUCAACAUUCGCAGCAUGACGAGCUCAUUCGAUACAUAAAUGAGGCAUGGAAUAGUAUAACUACGGACAAGAGCCAGAAGGCGCCAGUAUUCUACAAGAGCGUACCUGAGCCACGAUUGCCCGGAUUCACACCAUUCGAUCUGGAACGCUGGUGGGGACAGCGGAUGGUACAUCACCUCAACAUCGGUUCCCACGGACACCAGUGAGCAGCAUGUUGUUGGAGUUCACGCAGAUCGUUCCGGUCAUCCUGUUCAUGGACACUCGCUAUCGGCAAUCGUCAACUUUCCAUAUCUUGCAGCUCGCAGGGUUUUUUUUAUUUAAACGAUUUUAACCUUGUUUUUCUGUCAUCAGGGAGAAGUAACUCGAGUGAAGCAUCAUUUUAAGUAUCGCUCUUUAAGUUUUUGUCCUACCUUUCUUUUUAUUUCGACGCAAGUCCAUACUGUUCUGCAUCUGUGCAUCGAACCUUUAUCUGUGUUUGUAGAAAAUUCUUCGGAUUCUUUUAAACCGCUUUUACACUUGUGCAUAAGCAAACGCGAUAGUUGUCCGAUGGACCAUGAAUAGGGCGCAGAGCGAUCUCGGAAGGCAUAGGGUAAGGUGUAUCGAACGAGGGGAGAAAUAUGAGGAUAGGCAGAUUGUCGAUUGAUACGUAUCCGGAAGAAAGGGAAAGUUGAUGAAGGUGACAAAACACACUAAAACUAUACAAUGCCACCGGGCUGAAUAUGGGAUUUAUAGACAAAUGCAAAUUAUGUUCAAACUUCUUUUUUUUUCCACCCAACCUUCCUGCCUCUCCCAGCAAUUCGAAUGUGUAAUAACGUUCCCAUGCAACGAUGUGUGACACGAAAUAGCAAAAACAAUAACACUUCUGUUCUGUUCUGUUUUACGUCAUGUAGAUGAAUUUGUAUCGAAAACAAUAGAGAACCGUGGAAACAGUUACAAAACAGGAAAUGAUAACAAUACCCGUGUAAUUUGAAUUCCUUCGUUACUAUAAGGGCGGUAAGCGGAAGCUUGAACGGGAAUUGGCAGUGUAAUAAACUAUCAUUUGAAAAAAA